GACAUGGCUAAGGUGGUUUCCGAGUCUGCGAAGAAGAACGACGAUGUGGCCAAGAUGAUGUCCGAGGCUGCGAAGAGGGAAGAUGACCUGGCCAAUUUGAUUUCCGAGGCUGCGAAGAGGGACGAAGAUGUGGCCAAGGUGCUCAGUGAGGGCGCGAAAAAAGACGAUGAUGUGGCCAAGUUGGUAGCCGAAGUUGCGAAGAAGGACGAUGAUGUGACCAAGGUCAUUGCUGAGGGAGCUAAGUACGAGGACGAAGUCACGAAACUCGCGAUGAUUAUUUCCACGAGUGGAAAGGUCGACGAGCAGUCGGUUAAACCGGCAGCGGUGAUCAUAGCGGCGGCGAAGGCUGGCGGUAUUGUGGUGUAG